AUGACAAUUGAAAUUCGCGAAGGUCGUUGUGUUGGUCCUGAAGGAUCACAUCUACCUACAACUGAGCCACCUUCCCUGCUGAAGUCCUCCACGAGCGGCUGCCCGGUAUCUCUGAAACUGCCGCCAUAUUCUCUGGUGUCGACGUCACCAAGGAGCCUAUCCCGGUUCUGCCCACCGUGCACUACAACAUGGGUGGUAUCCCUACCAAAUAGACCGGCGAGGUGCUUACCGUUGACAAGGACGGCAAUGACAAGAUUGUCCCUGGUUUGUACGCUGCUGGAGAAGCCGCUUGUACGCCGUGUUGUCGCUCAUCAUAUCCGAGACACACUGACACCUGGCGAGCCGCACAAGGCGAUCCCUGACGAGGUUGGCAUUGAACGCAUUCAGUUCCUGGACGAGAUUAGGCGUUCUGACAGCCCAGAGCCAACUGCCAAGAUCCGUCUUGAGAUGCAACAGGCCAUGCAAACCGAUGCUGCUGUCUUCAGGACCCAAAAAAAUCUCGAUGAAGGUGUUGAAAAGGACAGGAGCAUGAUUUGGAACUCGGAUCUCGUGGAGACGCUUGAACUGCGCAAUAUCCUUCAGUGCGUCAUCCAGACAAUCACCUCUGCUGCUGCCCGUAAAGAGACUCGUGGUGUUCAUGCUCGUGAAGAUUUCCCGGACCCUGACGACGAGAACUGGAUGAAUCAUACCCUUUCAUUCCAACACGAUGUCAACUCCCCCGAUGUCGAGCUGAAGUACCGCAAAGUUACCGGCACGACGCUCCACGACGCCGUGUGUAAGCCCGUGCCUCCGUUAAGACGUGCGUAUCAGACGACAACGGCGUCGGAUCGUUGGCAUUGGCAGUUGUAA